AUGUUGUUUGCAUGGCUUGUGCCUUCUACAGUUUGGUUUUUGGUGCACUUCACAGCAGAAGCAUGUGGUAAAGGAAACGUGACUGCUAGCAAACUUCCCCAUGGUGUUGCAGAAAUAUGCGAUAAAGGAAAUAUGACUGCUAACACUGCUUCUCAUGUCCAACCUGGAACGAAUAUUAUCCUCUCAUGCCAGCUAAAACAACCAAAACAGAAUGAACAGUGCAAGAUAGCUGUUUUCUUUAACAGUUCUGAAUUAAGUAGCAAUUAUGGCAGUUCAGUAAGCACCAAAUUUCUAGUCCAUACCUACGGCAAACUCAUGUUUACUUGCAAAGUAGUUUGUGAAUACAAGAAAAAACUCAUCUGUGGAAUUGAUAUAGAAUCUGGAAAUCCUCCAGAUCAGCCAAAGAAUGUAUCAUGUAUACAGUAUGGGACAGAUAGUAAUCCUACCUGCACUUGGAAUAAAGGAAGAUUUACAUACAUAAACACUACAUAUGUAAUACAGCUAUCAAAUGGCACUGAUAUGUUAUAUUUUUUAGAAGAAAAUGUGAAUAAUAAAUUUGGCUCACUGGUUCUGAGCACGAAGUUGAAUUUUGAUUCCACUUACACAGUUGUGGUUGCUGCCUCCAAUGAACUAGGAAACGCUUUUUCACAGCCGCUCAUGUUCAUGUUAAUAGACAUAGUGAAACCACAUCCUCCUAAGUUUUUAGUGAAAUUUGAGAAUUCUUCUGCAACAAACUGCACAGUUUUUUGGCGUGAUGAAGCACAAGCACAGCACUUUAGACUAAGAUAUCGUUCACUUAACAGUUACACAUGGAAUAUGGUUGAAAGUUUAAAUACUGAAAAAUACAAUCUUUAUGGUCUGGAGCCUUACACAGAAUAUGAAUUCCAAGUUAGCUGUAAAAUUCACCCUGAGAAAGGACUGUGGAGUAACUGGAGAACUUUUCAAACUCAGACUCCAGAAGCAGUGCCUGCCCAGCUCUUAAAUGUCUGGUACAAAAAGCAGGAUAUGGACUCACAAAUGCAGAACAUUUCUCUUUUUUGGAAGGCCUUGAGCAAGUCAGAAGCAAGAGGAAAAAUCCUGCAGUACACAGUGACCUUUAAAGCACUAAACCACAGGAGUCCUGAAGCAAUAGAAACAAAUGUUACCAUGCAAACCAGCUACACCAGAGUCACACCAAAGAUGGACUACAACAUAACAAUCACUGCUGAUAACUCAAAGGGCAGCUCCCCUCCUGCAUCCAUUAUGACUGAGCUGGGCAUUAAGGAUUUGCCUCCACCUCAGAAUGUCUCUGCUAUAGCAAUGGGAAAUAACAGCAUCUUAGUCAUUUGGCAACCUCCUAUUAAAUCUACUGCAUUCGUCAAUGGAUACAUAGUGGAAUGGAUAGAUAUACACAGAAAUAAGAGCCUGAAACCCCAUCUAAACUGGAUAAAACUUCUAGCAUCCAACCUAUCUACAGUGAUAUCAGAGCAAAUAAAAGAUCAUGUGUGCUAUCACAUUGCUGUAUCUGCACUUUAUCAGGACAGAGCUGGACAAGUGGCAUCGGUUAGGGGAUACUCAAGAGAAAAAGCACCGUCAGUUGGGCCUCAGAUGUAUUCAACACCACAGACAAAUGGCAUUUUGGUUUCUUGGGAAGAAAUCCCUGCCAAUCAGCAAAUGGGCUGCAUUACUGCAUACAAUAUAUACCUCCAAAAAAAAGACAGUAAGGUAGCUCCAGAAGUCCAUGUCAUUCAUAAUGUGACUGCCCAUUCAUUUCACAUUGCAAAUCUACAAGAUGGCGAGAAUUAUUUCCUGUGGAUGACAGCGUCAACUGCUGCUGGAGAAAGCCCCCACGGAAACAGCGAGCUCAUUUGCUUGGAAAGUGCUGUAGACUGGAUUACUGGUGUGCUUACCUGCAGCUUCUUCGUAUUCUCAGCCUGUAUUUGCGCUAUUCCUCCUGCACGGAAAGCAUUACACUUGCUCCUUUCUGUCAUUGUGCCUCAGUGGUAUAGCAAAGCUAUUCCCAACCCAGCUAAUGCCACAUGGGCUAGGAACUACUCACCUACAAAGGGUGAGGUGAGUUUACCUUCCAAUCCAUUUCUACACAAUGUGAGCAGUUUUGAAGAGCCUGAAAUAACAGAAGUAGAGGAAGCCUUCAUAAAGAAAGACAAAGUCAUCCUCAGCAGUAUUAAUAGCAGUGAAAAUCAUGACUGGCAGCCAGAAAGCAGCUUUGAGAAACCGGACUGUGAGUACAGGCCCUUACCCAGCCCAACAGAUGGAGACAUGUAUGAGCAUCAGCUUCCAUACUUGUACAAGAAGAUAGCAGUGGAGGUUACAGAACAAAUGCAAACUGCUUCAGAGUACAUUGCUAAUCCGGUUACUGAAAAUACAACUUAUCUACCCUCAGCCAUGUUAUCACCUGUUGCAGACACUAAUGAAGACUAUGAACUUGACUGCAACCCAAUUUCCAUUUUCCCAACAACUUCGUUUUUGACACCAGUAUUUUCCUAUGGAGGGAAACUUACCUUAGAUGCAGUAAAAAUAAACUGCACUUCCUUCACAAGGUAGGUUUUGGGGGUGAUGUAGUGGUCUGGCAUGAUCUUUCACACUUCAGCGAAACACUGCAACAUGUGGUUCAACUGAGCCAAUACAGCAAGUAGGUGUCACGAACGAGUGGCAAAGCUCACAAACUUCCCAGCGCUGCCGCACGCGCCCUCACUGUGCAGGAGCUCCGUACGCGCAGAUCAGGUAGGCAGAAUUAGACAGCAGACCCCGGAUCACCAGAGCUCCGUGACCUGUCUCUGCGGGAUUACUCACUCCCAGGCUGCCUUCGUUCCCGGACUGCCUCAGCAACUCUGUCCCACUGCCUAUCACAGUGGCUCACCACUGGCUUGAACUUCACUGGAAGUCAGAACUUGCUAAAUAGCAUUUAAAUCACUGCUUAUUUCAGUUAAGGUCAAGCCUCAGCAUUUGACCACCAGCAGGACCCUUGUAGUCCGUACUCCUGCUGCGCGUGACACGAGAAGUGCAGUAUUCAUAAUCUGUGUAAACUGGUGCUAAACUUGCAUACUCUAAACCCAAUAGAUAGUAUUCACUUCAGUGCCAGCUGAGUGUAUGUGGCAAUGGCUGUUUUCCCUAAUUACACUAUUACUCCAGCCCAGCAUAGGCACUGAAGGAUGCAUAACCUCAUUAUUUUUGCAGCAGGAUUGAAAAGAUCAAAGCGAGCCUGCUUUUAUGGCUCAAAUUAGAAAGGGACAAGGAAUCCUUGCCAGGACUAAACAGGCGGCAUAGGUACACAGCAAGCCAAAUGGACUAGUGAGAAGAAUUUAAAUCAUUUAUUGAAGUAUUCUAAUUACAGAUUUGAAGUAUUUGUUACACAUUAAAGGACUUUAUUUGGUAUACGUGUGUGUGUGUGUGUGUUGUGUGUAUGUAUGUGUGUAUAUAUAUAUAAAAAUAAAAUCUUGGAAA